CAAACGUUAUCCAACUCCAUUUCCCAGUUGUCUUUGCGUUCAACGGUGAAGCGUCGACCUUGCCUUCUUUUUUUCCCUUGCUGUGGUGUGACGUGAAGCAGCAUGGCGAACAAGGAGCCCAGUCGGUUGGUCCAGAACCUCCGGGACAUGAUGGGUCGCAUGGCGGGCUCGUCGGGCGGCAGAGGCGCCGGACUCGGAGUCAAACUGCUGCUCGGAGCGGGCGCCUUGGCGUACGGAGUCAAAGAAGCCACGUAUACCGUGGAGGGCGGACACCGGGCGGUGGUGUUCAACAGGAUCGGCGGCAUGCAGAUGGACACGGUGCUCGCCGAGGGCCUUCAUUUCAGGAUCCCGUGGUUCCAGUACCCCAUCAUCUACGACAUCAGAGCCAAGCCCAGAAAAAUCUCCUCGCUGACCGGUAGCAAAGACCUGCAGAUGGUGAACAUCGCAGUCAGGGUCCUGUCGCGUCCCAUGGCGUCCAAUCUCCCCAUCAUGUACCAGCGUCUGGGCAAGGACUACGACGAGCGGGUGCUGCCGUCCAUCGUCAACGAGGUCCUCAAGUCGGUGGUGGCCAAGUUCAACGCCUCGCAGCUCAUCACGCAAAGAGCGCAGGUGUCGCUGUUGGUGCGCAGGGAGCUUUUCGAGCGCGCCAAAGACUUCAACAUCAUUCUGGACGACGUGGCCAUCACGGAGUUGAGCUUUAGCAGCCAGUACACGGCCGCCGUCGAGGCCAAGCAAGUCGCUCAACAAGAAGCGCAGAGGGCUCAAUUCUACGUGGAGAAAGCCAAACAAGACCAAAGGCAGAAGAUCAUCCAGGCCGAAGGAGAAGCCGAGGCUGCCAGGAUGCUGGGACAAGCAGUGACCAAGAAUCCGGGCUAUUUGAAGCUCCGCCGCAUCCGAGCCGCCCAAACCAUCGCCAAAACGGUGUCGACGUCGCAGAACAAAGUGUACUUGAACGCCGACAGUUUGGUCCUCAACCUGCAGAACCAGGCCUUGUUUGACAAUUUGUCGUUGAACCCGAAAAAGUGAUCAAAUUCGCAAGCGGACGGCGAACACAAGUCGAGAAAGAAGUAUUUCUUUAUUUUGUUUAGGGUUUUCUUUGUUUUUGUAUCAAUUAACUCUUUAUCCGUCAUUGACGGAGCUAGACAUCCAAUCCCUUUGACUUCAAAGGGAUUGGACGUCUACUAGUGAUAAACAGAAGGACGAUUGGAUGCCAAUCAUCAAUAGCGCUAAAAGAGUUCCAUAAAUGAAGAUGAGAGCGGAGAUGUCGUUGAAUCCUAAUUUCGGACGGCACUGGAAACGUGAUGGUUAACUUAUGUAUUAAUAAAUGAAACAAUUGCCAAAAGUCGCUAAGCUUUUUGU